CGGAAGGGGAGGAGAGAGAGAGGAAGGGAGGUGGAGUGACCGAUAAAGACCAGCGGCAACAACAACGACUAACAGCUUGAGGAAAAAUCUACAAGUAUCACUCUGCAUCCAAGAAUCUGCUUCUUCACUUCUUUUCUGGGUUUAUAUUCACGACUUUCCAAGGAAAAUCUGGGAGGGAUCUAGGAAGUGUGACCUACUUUUUCUUCUCCAUUUCUCUUCCAAUCAAAAUGUCUGCUCCAGGGUAUCCAGGCUCUCCCAAUCCUCCUUACCCUCAACCCGGCGGCCCAGGUGCACCACCUUAUCCAGUUCCAGCAGGGGGCUAUGGAGACCCAAGCUAUGCACCUCAACCAGGCUUCAAUGUUGGCUACCACCAGGACCAGCCUCCUGUUAUGUACCAACCGGGCCCAGUUCCAGGUCAAGCACCGGGUUAUGGCGGCCAGUCAAUGGCGAUCGCUCCAGCUCCAGCGUCGGUUCCUGUGGGUGUCCCACCUGGGCUGGAGUACCUGACACAGAUUGACCAGAUCCUGAUCCACCAAAAAGUUGAGCUCCUUGAAGCCAUCAUUGGUUUUGAGACAAACAACCAGUAUGAGAUAAAGAACAGUCUGGGCCAAAAGAUCUACAAAGCCAAAGAAAAGAACGACUGCUGCACCAGAAACUGCUGCGGUUCUUUGCGCAGCUUCGACAUGAAGAUCAAGGACAACAUGGACAGGGAGGUCAUCCGUCUCAUCCGGCCUUUCCGAUGUGUCUCCUGCUGGUGUCCUUGCUGUCUGCAGGAGAUGGAGGUCCAGGCUCCACCAGGAACCACCAUAGGGUUCGUCAAACAGGACUGGCACCCUUUCUUGCCCAAGUUCUCCAUCCAGGGAGCAGAAGGACAGACUCUGAUGAAACUGGAGGGGCCCUGCUUCGCCUGCAACUGCUGUGGAGAUGUUAACUUUGAGCUGAAGGGGAAAGAUGGCGAACAGACGAUUGGUCGGAUCAGUAAGCAGUGGAGUGGCCUGUUGAAAGAAGUCUUCACAGACACCGACAACUUCGGCAUUCAGUUUCCCAUGGAUUUAGAUGUAAAGAUGAAGGCCGUACUCAUGGGCGCUUGCUUCCUCAUCGACUUCAUGUUCUUUGAGAAAGUCGGAGAGGCUAACCAACGUAGCUCCGUGUUUUCAUAACUGAGGAAAAACUAAUGAAAGAGUCCACUCCUAUUAUCCAGCAUCUGUAUCUUUGUUUAUUACAUUCAUUCUUCAAAAAUACUUUCUUGAUUUAUAGAUGCAUAAAAGUAAAUAAUAGCUAACAACCUUCUAGAAUGAUUGUGUGUGGAAAUCUGAGCUGCCUGAUAUGAUUUUAUGCCUAACUCAAAUACUAUUAAAUGUAUUUUAUGAUAUUUCAAAUUCCUGCCACAUCUAUCUGUGCUCUUCAUUGUUAUUGCCUUUUUUUGUAACCUUGCUCAUGAGGAAUUCAUAAUCAACAUAGUUAAAGUGCAAUAAUCUCAUGGAUGUAAAUGUAUUAACAAUGUUUUUCUUUUAUUUCAACAGCAGUUUACAUCGGCUCACUACGUUGUUACUCAGUGUUUUAUAAAUCAUUUUAGUUUAGCUAUGAACCAGUGUUUAUAGAACUACUAACAAUAUCUACCUGUUUAAUUAGAUUAUUGUCCUGUAAAUGCACGUUACACUCUAAUGUUGGGAAUAAAUGUUUAAUCCGGCCAAUAUUGCAUUGUUAGGUUAGCUACUGUUUAGGAAAAGAUUCUUGCUAUGAAUUCAGACAUCUUAGUUCCAGCAUUUAUCUGAAGCUAUUAUUUAAAUUUGGUUCCAUUUAACUUCAUGAGGAUGUGGUUCUGCUAUUCUGGUUUGAAAAAUAAAGUUGUGAACUCGAGUUGUUGCAUGCAUAUCGUGUUUACCAAAGCACUCAUUUACAUGGUUUGCUUCACUGCCUUAAGUGGAAGUGUCCACAGUCUGUGAUGUUAACCAUAAAAGUGGAAAGACUGUAACGUUAAUGAAAGCAUGCUGUCUUGGCUGGUUCGCAUUUUCCUUAGAGACUGAUCCAGCGGUUAAACUUUAGCCGCCAGGUUUCCUUAAAACCACUCUGAGUGCACGGCUUUAAAGCAAAUAAAACAGCCUUUAUGUGCAGAAUGGAUAGGAAACCAAAACAAGGGAAGUUGUGGUUCGAGGGAGGAAAAAGAAUUAGACUGAAACCUGAAUGUAAAAUUUCACCAUAAUGCAAUUUACAUGGUUUUUAGAAAACUGCACAUUCAUGUUUGAGAAAUGUAAAUGAUCUGGUUAUGAUUAUCAGGAUAACAUGGGCAUGACCCCUGUGAAGUUUUUUCUUAUUGCCACUAACUCUGUGUUUUAUUUCUUUUGCCGAUAUGCCAGUAAUCUCUCUCCAAAGGCUGGAAAUGAAGCCAUGUUGUGUACAUUGUGUUAAAUACACAUUGUUGUAUGCUUAUGUCAAAUCAUUCAUACAAGCAAUAUGCAUAAGUUGCUCACUUAUAUCGUUGUCCUGUAACUUUUCCAUUUUUUUACAAAAAAAAAGACAUGAAUUAAACUGAUAUUA